CAUCAUCACUUUGAUCACCAAUCAGCAUGUCGCCCUGAUCACUUUCUGAGCUUGUUUCGAACUUUGUCCCUGUUUCUGCGCAACGGUAAAGCCAGCCAUGUCGCAGUCGAUUUUGUCAGCCUCCGCGAAAGGGGCCACCUUUCUUAUUCUCCUGCAGGUGGCUUCGAGAGCCCUCACCUUCGCCGUCAACCAGAUCUUGCUCCGGUUCCUCUCUCCAGAGCUUCUUGGAGUUUCUGCUCAGCUUGAGCUUUUCUCAAUCUCUGUGCUUUACUUUGCGCGCGAGAGCUUACGUGUCGCUCUUCAGCGCCAGGCCCAUGGAACGCAAGCCGUCGUCAAUCUUUCUUAUCUUGCAGUCAUCACCGGGCUUCCCUUGACAUAUUUUCUUGCGCACCUAUGGCUUCGAUCGGAUACGCCCAAUGUCCCUUACUUCGUAGAAGCUUUGGGCUUGUACUGCGUUGCUACGAUCAUUGAGCUUCUGACCGAGCCGUCGUUCUCAGCCGUACAGCAGAAGUUACUGUACAAGGUUCGCGCUUCCGCUGAGAGCACUGCGACUCUCCUUCGAUGUUUUGGGACUUGCGGUUCCGCCAUGUUGGCGAGUCGCAUCGGUGUCGACAUUGGAGUCUUGCCGUUCGCAAUUGGUCAACUGGCAUACGCUUUGGGACUAUUGGUUGCGUAUUUGUACAACAUGUGGCCAGUCGCAUGCAAUGAAAAGUUUACGCUUCUUCCGAGCCAGCUUCCGUCCACGAAAGAUACUUCCAUCACGCUCAGGUACUUCUCGACACCUCUUCUCCGGCUCACGGGAUCUCUGACCCUGCAGUCGGCCCUCAAGUACAUCCUGACACAGGGAGACGCGCUCUUAAUUACGACAUACACGUCACUCGCUGACCAGGGCGCCUACGCUCUUGCGUCCAACUAUGGAGGUCUGAUUGCCCGCAUGCUGUUCCAGCCCAUCGAAGAGAGCAGCCGUAACAUGUUCGCGAAGUUAUGCGCGAGCUCCGAAACAGCGCCAGAUGCAAAGAACACGGACAAUGGGCAGCAGUCGCAAGAGCAGAAGCGCAAUCUUUUUCAAGCAGCGAAGGUCUUGACCAUCAUCCUGCGUCUGUACUCGAUCAUAUCACUGUUCGCCAUUGCUCUGGGUCCGACCCUCGCACCACUUCUCCUCUUUGUUGUCGCAGGGAAGAAGUGGUCUGCAACGAACGCGUCGAACGUCCUUGCGACGUACAGCUACUACAUACCCUUCCUGGCGAUCAAUGGAGUUACAGAAGGGUUCGUGGCUGCUGUUGCUACAAACAAAGAGCUAUAUGCGCAGUCAAUCUCCAUGGGCUUCUUCUUCGCUGCAUUCGCCGGUAGUGCUUGGUUCUUUCUUGGACAAUUGCAGCUCGGUGGCAGUGGGGUGGUACUUGCGAACACAGUCAAUAUGGCACUGCGUAUCAUUUGGAACACGUGGUUCAUCAACAGGUUUUUUGGCCGCAGAGGAACGCCUUUCAAGCUGUUGGACAUCUUACCAUCGAUUACGUCUCUUGCGCCGGCGGUCAUCGUUCCUACUUUGAUGCAGAUGAGACCCGGAUUCAAGUACCUUGCUAGAUUUGGGGUGUUUGGAGAGCUGGUCAGCAUGGGUGCAGUCGCUGGUCUGUACGCUGUACACGUUCUCUUCUUCGAGCGUCAAUUCCUUAUCGAGUGUGGCCGGAUGCUGAGGCCAGCGCGGCCUGCUCAGCCUACAAAGGCGCAGUAGAGCUAUGGCUCCGUCGCUCAAAUUCGGAACUUCAGAAACGGUUUUGGUCUUGAUAUACAAAGUAUCAUACAAGAUCACGACAUUGGCGCAGCUUCCCAGCGAAACAUGUUUGAAAGACAACAGUGAUGUUCUAUCGGAAUCGUAUACCAAUGUUGGUACACCCCACAUCAAGCUAACCCUAGACUCGCGUAGCUGGUCGCUCAUUCGACUAGCGUCAGAAUUUUCUACCUGCAGGAACGAAGCCAAACCAAACGUCAUCCCAGACACACGUUCUUCAGCAUUAAAUAU